AUGAAAUGCUGCGGCCCUAAAUUGUCCCUUUGCGGACUUAUUAUUAGCGUUUGGGGCAUCAUUCAAUUGGGUCUCAUGGGAGUGUUCUACUACAUAAAAAGUGUAGCCCUAAUUGAAGAUUUGCCACUCGAGGAGCAUUAUCAUACACCACAAGAAUUCUAUGCAGCUGCCGAUAUUGCAUACACACAGAAUGCCUACAAUUGCUGGAUAGCCGCCUGCCUGUACAUCCUAACCCUGGUCAUAUCUGGUCAGCAGUUCUACGCCAAUAGUCGUUCAUCUGUAAAUUAAAACAUAAAAUCAACUCAACUGCAAUUGGACACAAAUUAAAUUAAAUUAAAAUUAAUAUAAAUUGUAUA